AUGACGAACAUUGAUCCUGUUCAAUCAGCUUUUGUUCAAGGCAGGAGAAUAUCUGACAAUAUUUUCCUAUCUCAAGAGCUUCUGAGAGGGUACCAUAGAAAGUCCCCUACCCCUAAGUGUGCCAUGAAAGUGGACAUCAUGAAAGCCUAUGACAGUGUGAGAUGGGGAUUCAUUAUUGACAUUCUUAAGGCCAUGGCCUUUCCCCUUGUCAUGGUUUCUUGGAUCCAGGCUUGCAUCACUAGUCCCACCUUUUCCAUUUGUAUCAAUGGGGUCUCCACGGCUAUUUUGAAGGCCAUGGAGAUUCUUGCCAAAAUCUUGGCUGAAAAAUCUGGGCAUCCGUUGUUUAAGUUCCAUUGGAAGUGUGAGAAGACUAAGAUUAUAAACCUCUGUUUUGCUGAUGAUCUCAUGAUCUUUAGCAGAGGUGAUGUGCCUACUGUUAAGCUUAUUAUGGAAGGCCUCUAA